AAUUAGCCUUAAACCCUAUUCCACAAACCCAAAACGCGAUCUUUUUAUCACUUCUUCUUCCAUCCUCAUCCAGCACUUCAAUACUUUCAUUGCUUCCCAGUUUGUCCCUUCUUCUCGAAACCCUAGAUUAGCUAUCCCUUUUCCCGUGCAUUUUGAUGGCGGAGGAAGAGGCCGUAGCCGCUGUACCCGAUCCUGUCCCGUUCGAUCAUAAGCGUAAACUUGAGGAUCUCGAGCCCCAAGACCCCCUUGUCUACAUGCCUCGUGACAAUGCUGUAGACCCCGAUGCGGAAGAUAACAAUGUAGCGCCAUCUGAUUCGUCCGACUCCAAACGCCGUAGGCUCGACGAGGAUAAUGCCGAUGACUUGGCAGCCAAUGAGAAUGGGUUCCAAGCUGAGGAAUCAGACGAACCUGCAAAGGAGGAAGAGGAGGCUCCUCAGCAAAAUGAGGUUAACAAGCAAGCAAAAUAUGGCGGUUCUCCUUUAAAUGAUGCUGAGGAUACUGUAAAACAUGACCAAGUUGAAGGAACUACGGAGGGAAUGGAUCAGCAGUCAACAGAUAAUCUUGAAGCUGCUGAUGCCGAGUUAGGUAAAGUUGAGAGUUUCGAGGCAGAUAAUGGUCAAGAACCCACUAAAGAGGAUAAUGAACAACCCUCUGAUGAGCUGCCUCAGCAGGAGGUUGAUGAUGGUUCAACUAUUACUCGAAAAAUGGAGGUUCCUAAUGCUAAGGUUGGUGUUCUCAUUGGAAAGGCAGGGGAACCUAUAAGGUACCUACAAUACAACUCAGGUGCAAAAAUUCAAAUUAUGAGGGAUGCAGAUGCUGAUCGUGAUGCACCUACAAGACCUGUGGAAAUAAUUGGAACAUUAAGUAGCAUAAACAAGGCUGAGAAGCUUAUAAAUGCUGUCAUAGCAGAGGCUGAUGCUGGUGGUUCUCCUUCCCUAGUAGCUAGGGGUCUUGGUGCCACACAGGCUACUGGUGCUGUUGAUCAAAUUGAGAUACGAGUUCCAAAUGAGAAGGUUGGUUUAAUCAUUGGUAGAGGUGGGGAAACUAUAAAAGGACUGCAGACUAGGUCGGGGGCUCGAAUUCAGUUGAUACCUCAACAUCUCCCAGAAGGGGAUGGGUCAAAAGAAAGGACAGUGAGGGUAACUGGGGAUAAGAAGCAAAUUGAGAUUGCCAGAGAAAUGAUAAAAGACGUUAUGAAUCAGACUGUCAGGCCAUCAUCUCUUUCUGGUGGUUUCAAUCAGCAGGGCUAUGGACCUCGGGGAACUGGUGGUCCACCGCCUUGGGGUCCCCGUGGCCAUCCUUCACAAACAGGGUCAUAUGAUUAUCAGCAAUGGGGACCAUAUCCAUCUCAAAACUCUCAUUACGAACCUCCUUAUGGUGGCUACCCUUCUCAUCCAAUGGCUCCAAGGAGCAACUUUGGUCCUGGUUGGGAGCAGAGGCCUCAUAAUAUGCAGGGACCUCCGCAGAGUGGAGGUUAUGAUUACUACAGCAGGCCCUCACCUGCUCCAGCUAUGGGGCCAGCUUCGUCUCAGUCAAAUUAUAGUUAUGGACAGCCUCGUGGUCCGGUAGAUUAUGCCCAUCCACCACCCUAUUCCCAAGCUGCUCCGCAGCAUGGCUACGGACAUGGAUAUGAAGAGAAGUAUGAAAAUCACACCCCUGUCCAGCAUCCUUAUGGAGGGCAUGGGUCUACUCAGGCAGGAUAUGCGCAGACAGGUCCUCAACCUGGGUAUGCUCCUCAGCAGCAAUAUGGCAAGUCACCAUCAUAUGCAAUGCGAUCACAAGUACCCCAAUCAUAUGGUCCAACCAAUCAACGUGUUGAAGUACCAUAUCAAGGUCCAACUGCACAGUCAUACGGUCCGAAUGUCCCUCCACAGCAGCAGUACCCAUAUGCAUCAAGUGGGCCCACACAACAAAGCUAUCCUCCAUAUGGCUCUGCACCACCUAGUGAUGGAUAUAGUCAGCCUACAUCUGUUACUGGCCAAGCUUAUCCGCAGCAAGGUACCCAGCCUGUUGGUUACAGUCAGCCAACCGUUUAUGCUCAAGCAAGUACUGCCGGGUAUGGUCAAUACCCACCAUCACAAGGUUACUCUGAACAGCAACAAAUUCCAAACAAUGCAGGUUAUGGCUAUCAAGGGGCUCAGGAUUCUGGUUAUGCUAGUGGUGCUGCGGCGACAUAUGGUGCACCGCCAACCAGUGGCCAAUCCACUUAUGCUCAAACAACAGCAGCUCAUCCUACCUAUGAUCAGUCUGUUACCCAAUCUGGUGGUUAUGCAGCAGCAACAGCACCAGCAUCAGCACCAGCAUCGGGUACUGCGCCUGCUGGGUAUGGAAAAACAGUAUCACCCCAGCCUGGAUAUCCGCAGUACGAUUCUACCCAGAUGUAUGCUGCACCACGUUGACAUGGCAGUCUUCCUGUAUUUGGUGUGUUGGUUAAUGUAGUCAUGUACCGAACAACUUCUAGAUGGCAGUGUCAUCUUUGGUAUUUUUGUUUUUAACUUCCGGUGCUACUAAUUUCUUUCAUAUCUUUGGUUUUGUUCUCUUGCCCUCCGGAU